UCCGAAACUGCGCCGACUCUUAGAAUAUGUUUGGCAGUUAGGAUCCAAGGGAAUACGGAAGCUCGAUGGGAGUGUCAAGAGUACCAGAUCAGGUUUCGAGAUACGCUUAAUUGGCGACAUGCGGUCGAUCAUCUCCCUGAUACGUCGGUCGUACCAUAUUCGGGCUCUUCUGGUCAAGGAGACGAGGUUAACAACAAUGGAGAAUUUAGUAUGACUGCAGCAGAAUGUGAUGGAGAAAAUACGACUGAAACAGAGUAUGAUGGAGAAGCAGAUGUACGGCGUGGCGAGGGCGAGACUUUGAAUCUCAAAAGCCACUGGUCGCUUUCGACUACGCACUCAAAUUCGUCUUUGGAAACGAUUCGCGCUUCUGGCAAAAGCUGUUCUAGAAAGGAUGCCUCGACUAAGACAUCUUCGCCUUCUAACUCUGUGCAAACGGUGCGUCAUGGCACUAAACAAACAGACUCUGCUAAGCAGUCGCAACAACCUCUCACACAUCAUCAGUCCCAUGAGCAGUCUACGUCAGACAGUGAUGAUGCUGUGGAUAUUGAAGAAGAGAUACGACGCAACCGAGAAGAUGCCCUCCAGCGGCUUGAAGGAAAGCAAGAUGGGAAGCCUGGGGAAAAGCACGAGAGCAAGCUCCUAGAUAGACUGAAGUGUGCAUUUGGAUUUACAUCCAGGCGUGGAAAGUCUCAGCCGCAAUUCGACACGCCCGAAUAUCAAGGAUGGGCCAAGCUAAGCAUGUUUAUUGCCAGCGGAUUGGAUGCAGAAGCAAGAGGGUUAUUUCCCCCGUUAACGGAAGAGCAAGAGGCCGUUCUGUUGCCUGUAGAGCAGAAGGGAAACUCGUUCGAAGUAAAGAUGAAGCACCCAGGAAAGGCCGCCGUUCUAUGUGACGUGAAAGCGGCUAUGAGGCAUAUCGAGGCUCGGAAAUGGAAGGAUUUCGUCGUCCUCGUUAGGUAUGCAGAUACACCUCAGGAGCAGAGGGAGUGGCGUACAAUGGGGGAGCCGCGAGUGCUUGAUUGGGCA